AUAAGGUUCAAUUAUAAACAAACGACAUCAAUUGAAAGCUACCGACGAACUAUUUGCUAUGGUACAAGAGCACGAGACUGUCCAAUAAAACUAGUUUUCCUCGUUAAUCGAUUGAGUCUUAAGUUUGCGAUGGAAAAUCCUUGGAAAAGCCAGGAGCAUUCACAAAAACGCGAAUCAAGUCCGGAUUCAUCAUCUCAAUCUUCCAAAGGGAAAAAGAAUAAAGCAAAAUAUAAUAAUGUCACUGUUAAUAUAAAUCAGCGGAUAGCAAAAGCUUUUGAAGAGCAUCUUGUAUCGACAACUAAUGAGAGUCAUCGUGAAAAGUGUCUAAUGACAUUGGGUGCUGCCAAUGGUUCUGAAGCCGGUCGUAAAGUUGCCGAACUUCUCGAUAAUUUCAAGGGCAAGAAGCAAAGAAUAGACGACGAAAGCUCUAUAGAAAAAUCAAUGAAAAACUCACCAUAAACGAAUCUGUGUGCGCGUUCAUACAUAUUGAUACAUAAAAAGACAUUCUACGUUGGGCAACCUUACAAACAUACAUUCGAAUGCGAAAGUUAAAAGAAGAAAAAAAAGAAUGAGACAGCAUCAAUGCUUGAAUGAAAAGUGGAAGUGAGAUGGAGACGAAACAAAUUUUUACUAUUCAUCGUGUUCGUGGAAGACGAGUAUUGGAAGUCACGGAGUUGUAAAAAAAACUUUUUUUUCUUUCUUUCUUUGGAAAUACUACGAAUACGAUAUUCAAUCUUUUACGUCGUUUGGAUUUUGCGCAUAUAAUCUGGGCUUCGUUAUAUUUUAUUAACCAAUUUUUUUUUCACUUUUUCUGCCAAAAAUGGUCUCGAAAAAUUUUUUUUUGGAUGAGAAUUUUUCAGCCUAUUUAAAUGACGACACACAUUCUAAUACUGACUGAUUAAACUAAAAAUUUAGUUAAAAUUCCACCGCUAGAAAAGGAAUUGUAUUUUCCAUUUUAAGUUCUCAGUCAGAUGAUUUGACGGCAAUGAAAUUGAAGCAAACAAAAAUAGAAAAUAUUUUUUACAAACCUUUUUUCAAGAACUUUCCGGUAUUAACUUGUUACUGAAGUACUUAAAUUUUACUUAUUAGGUUGUCAAAAAUACUUUACAACACUUUCAAUUAAUUAGAAUACAAAUAUAAUCACUUUCUAUUUUCUUUUCGGAAAUAUUACAGCAG